UAUCUCAUAGCCUUUAACCUUUGGGUAGAUUAAUGUCAAAUCGAAUUGUUCUUGCACUAGUAGACUAAAUUUUUAUGGAUUAACGGUAGUCGAAAUACUUCCCAUAAUUGUUCGCAUUAGAAGUUUGAUAAACUGUUUUUAUUCGCACAGGUUUAGGUUUUAUGCAAAUGUAAUAUUGGACUGCAAAGUGAAAUGGCUUCUAGGUUUGGAACGGUGUUGGUCGGUGGUGGUAGUGGAUUUAUUGGUUCUGCCCUUUCCAAGGUACUUCGAACAGCUGGUUAUGAUGUCAUCACAGUGUCUCGAAAGCCUGGAGUUUGGCAAAUAACCUGGGAAGAUUUAGCCAGUGAUGGGCUUCCUGAUAAUUGUGUGGCAGUGGUUAGUUUGGCAGGGCAGAACAUCCUUGAUCCCCGAAGAAGAUGGACUCCAGGGUUUAAACAGAAUGUAUGGGCUAGCAGGGUCAACACCACCAAAUCACUAGCAGAUGCCAUCCAGAACACGAAGACACCUCCAGAGGUAUUUGCUACAAUCUCUGGAGUGGGUUAUUAUAAACCAUGUCAAGAAACAGAGUACACAGAAAACUCAUCAGGGGGUGAUCACGAUUUCUUAGCAGAGCUUUGUCGUAAAUGGGAAUCAGCGGGAAACCUUCCUCCAGAACUUCCUGUCCGCCGAGUAAUAGUACGAUCAGGUGUAGUUUUAGGGAGACAUGGAGGCAUGAUUCAACAGAUGUUCUGGCCUUUUUACCUUGGCUUCGGUGGGCCAAUAAGUUCAGGAACACAAUACUUGCCUUGGAUUCAUCUUGAUGACAUAGUGGGCAUAUUUUUUCAUGCAAUUAGCAAUGGUCAUGUGUCUGGAAUUUUGAAUGGUGUUGCUCCUCAAGUCAUAACCAACAGCGAUUUCACUAAAGCUUUUUCUAGAGCCAUGUGGAGACCUGCUAUUAUUCCUGUUCCAAAAUUUGCAUUGAAUCUUGCCUUUGACAAAGAACGAGCUGUGAUAAUGACAGAAGGACAGAAAGUGGUUCCUAAGAGAACUUUAGAAGUAGGAUAUAAAUAUAAAUAUCCAGAUAUUCAGUCAGCUUGUAAGAACUUGGCUAGGCUUAUCUAUGUAGAUCAGAUGUGAUGUUUUACAAAUCUUGUAUAUUGUUUCUAACUAAUGGACAAGUUUCUUCUACCUUUUAGAAAGGUGUUUCAGAAAAUAAACUUGAUUGUUAUAGACUCUG